GAUGAUCUGUCGCCACAUGAAGAUGAGCACUUCGACUUCAGUGUCACGCCGAAAAAAGUUCCCUUGCAGGUAAGGGUUUCCAAAAAUUAUCGUAGCGAGGUAUUUUUUUAAUUGUAUCAGUGCACACCGUAUGUGAUUGAAAUGCUUAUGCAGGUGGCUUUAUGUCAUAUGCAUGUUAUAAUGUUAUAAUUGUAUUGGAAUUUUUGUAUGGAAAUCACCCAUGAUGAGUAUAUCCUACUGCGAAAUCCUAUAAUCAUAGAAAUGAAAAAAGGAAACAAGUAGUUUAAGUUACUUAAUAGUUCUUGAGCUUUUAAGGAAAUUCUGGCUGUAUCUGAAUGGAUUAACUCGUCUAGCUGUACAUGGUAUGGUGAUCCUCCUGAUCGCUUUAGUGUUCGUAAUGCCAUCGAUUUCUGUUUUUCAGGGUGCUGAGUUUUGUCGUUUUUCAUCUACUCGAGCGUUACCUGGGAAUGUGCAGUCUGCAGUUGCUGUCUUCGAAUCGAAUCUAGGCACUGUUGAAGUUGGGAGGUGUGGCGAAAAAUUCCUUGAUGGAGAGAGAAUUCCACGUAUGUUGAUUCUUACUGCUUAUACAGUAGUUGGUUGGAAAUCGGGGGAAGGGGGGAAAUAUUUUGUCGAAUUGCGUAGUCUGAUCGUCCGGGUGGGCAUAGGACCAAAUAUUCCCCAAGAGCAAAUUAAAUUCUGAACUUCUGAAUGUGUCUGCCUGGCUGCGAGCUAUAGUCUUUGGGCCCCCGCAAAAACGUUUACCUCAAUUAAAUUCACUUAAUGUAGAUAAUCAUGUUGUAGAGCUAGCACAUAUAACAAAACUUGUAGCAGGUCAUAUAUAUCAACACAACUUAGAAAACACGCAAAUAUCGUGUUUGUAAAAGAUAAUUGCCCUUUCUUACUCGGUUGCUAUAUGUAGCUAGCUAUUAUUAGCGUUAAAAUUCUCUCCGCUCGUUAUAUUACGUAGUAAUAAUAUAUCACGUACUGUAGUCUAAUCUGGGCCUCAACCUAUGUCGCAAAUAUACGAGUAAUUUAUUUACUUCAAGAGUGUGUUGUUCGAUUAAUUUUUAAGGCCUAAUAGGGAGCCCCUAGUAAACUCAACUUUAAGAAAUUAAAGAAUUCUACACAUUUAAAGUGAUUGUUUGCUUUAGGUUAGCUCCUUCAAGUAUCCUAUCAUAAUAAUCUGUUACUAUUUUGUUUUUGCCAAAAUUUUCAACCUGCCGAUCAAAUCCACCAUCACUGAACAAGAAAACGCAGAGUUCUACGACUCUCACUAUUGCGGAACCGAUAAAAAAAAAGUUUUUUCCAAGAACAUAAAAUAUGGAACUCCAUACCGUCUUCUAUAUUUAGGAUAUACACUGUAUACUCUUUUUGGCUCUACGAGAGGUAUGCCAGCGUCAUCCGCAAUUUUGAUCAUGAUAGUAAUUGAUUUUGCUUGUUCUAUCAUCAUAGCUUCCAACAAGCCAGGAAAGGUCAAAAUAUCUUUACAAGCAGGUAAAAGAGAGCCAGGCGAAGCGGAAAUUUGGUACUACCAUAAAGGUGAAGAGGCUGUUGAACAGAUAAUUAAAGACCCGGAGUCACUGAAGUAUUUUUUUCAAAAGUAUUCUGAGAUGUUGAGUAAUCGUAACAACACAACAGCCAGUGGAGCUGACGCACAAAACUCCGGAAUUUGUGGUGAGUGGUGCAUCACUGAGUACUUCUAAUUUUCAUGAAAACUAAUUGACCCAAAUCAAGGCAGAAAUCCUAAACGGUUGAAUUUUUUUUCUUUAAUCGAGAAUUCUGCAGGGCUUGAGUCUUGAAUCAAUCUCACAAUCAAUCUUAUUAUCAACCAAUCAAUCAAUUUUUAUAGAUCAUGCAUCAUUUGAUAAAUAUAGCCCUUCAGCUGGCUGUUAUGUCGGCUGAUAAUUUCCGCGGCUGAGAUAUAUUAUACGAUAUUUGAAUAUUUGGGUUACAAAUGAAAAAUGGUCUCGAUAUGGCGUGAAAAUAUGCAUAGAUAUCUGUCCCCGGACACUACCUGUUCCAAGAUGCUAACAGUUUUCCGCGAGCGAAGCUCACUGAAAACUGUAAGCAGAAUAGGGGCUAUUUUGUUUAUUAUCCUUCAAGUAUUUUGUAACGCGCGUAAAAAAUGUUUUUUGAACAGAUUACUGUAUGCAGUGUGGAUUUUUUCUUUUGAGUGUUUUCUGGAACGACCUUAUUAAAAGAAAAGGUUUUCCUUCUUUUGUAAUAGCCACUUAACCCUCUCUCUUCUUAAAUAAAUCUGAAAAAAUGACUAUUCGUAAUGGAAGUAAGGUUUGAAGGUUUAGCUAAGUGAUAUUCGGUUAGGUGCUGCGUUUAGACCAAUCGCGCGCGAGCAAAAAUAUUUGAUGGAUCAUAAUCAUGUAUACCCUUCAAUUUUUGAAAACAUGAAACGAUAAAGCAAUCGUAUGGCAUUGUUAUACUUAAUAUUCAUCUUAAGAAAGAUUUUAUACCUCUGUGAAAACAAUUUUAACAUUUUGGUUUCACACCAGACUUUGACUUUAUUAGAAGUGUUAGCAGAAUAGUGGAUGAAAUUUGGCACUUAGCUGUUCUUGUCAGACGGUGCUCUUAGUUUGGGGAAUUCGUUCGAUGACUGUUUCUGGCCCAUGAUUGUAGAUACCCUCUUUUAUUUAGGUUCCACAGAACCUGUGCAGAUGCUAUGCGUCUUAGUUUACGCUGCAGCAGAAAUUGGUGGCCAACAAUUCAUUGAAAUGAUCUUCAACUCGUCCGCCGGAAGAGUAGUUUAUGACCGUUACAAAGACAGCUCAGCUCUUCCCGAAGCUAUUGCCCGGGAGUAUGGGCACGAGAAGACAGCUACUUUUCUUGAGGAGAUAACUAGCAGGUACUCAUUUGCACUUGACUUUGGAAUGAAGUGAUUUAAAUACGAUUAAGCUUGCAAAAAGAUUGGGGUUAUUCAGCGUGCUGAGAUACAGUCAUAAUAUACAAUAAUAUAUCCACUUUUACUUCUAACAGAGAUCCGAGGGGUUGAUAUCAGCCGUUAGACUGUUGCAGUGAGUUUUUUGUCACUCAGGUUGACAUGCGUAAGAAGUGCGUUAAUAAAAUGAUCUAACAUGGCGGCUACCUUAAGGUUAUCGGACACAUUACUUUUUCUUUUUAAUUAUAGCGUGUUUCUUUAGUUCCUAUGAAUUAAAACACAUUUUUGCUGCCUAGAUUUUCCAAAGAGGCUACUGAAGCCCAAAACUACCCCCAGACAAUCGACUGGUCUGAGCUUGUGAGAGCUGCAGAGGAAGCACAAAAGCAGCUCGGUGAGUGAACAACAUUAGUGCUGCUGAGUUAGAUUAUGUUAUUGGAUAUGUAUACAGCUCACAAGUUGUGAAAUUAUGUUCAUGCCAAAGUAACCACCGACCGUUAGGAUCGUUGAGGAGGGUGACUUAUGAGCAGUAAGGUAUAACUGAUUCCUUUUAACUUUUUACUUUGUCACCAAACAGGCCUCAGCACUGAAGAAGAGGGCAAUCAUCUUGAGAGUAAUGUUGUAAAGGACAAUGGUUAUUCAGGAGACAUCGACACCUCGUUCAACGAAUCUUGCGAGAGUGGAAGCUCCGAUUCUGAAGAUAACAUUCCUCGGGCGACUUUUAAAGGUACCCUGUGAUAAUGUUUUUUGUCUUAAAUUGAUUUUUUUUACUGAAGAUUUUCUCCUUCUUUCCAUUUUAUUGGGAAAAUUGUAUCUUUAUGUAUAUUAAAACCUCCUCACGGAACGUAAGUGUUUGAUUGUCAACAGUAGUAGUCAUGGCUGUAGUUAACGCAGCGCAUUGUACUUUUUUUCCGAAAUAGAAAUGAAUUACCUAGCAGAUAAGCUUAGCGAAAUUGCAUUGUUACAUGAAGAUCAGGAAUUUGGAACCAAGAAGGCAGCUGUGAGCCAAAGUCUGAUGUAUUUUUGUGAAACUGGAUGUUUUAACCGAGAACAAGUAAAUUCUACAGUGUCCAAGAAAGUUGUGUUACCGACCUUAGAAGGAUGGCAACUCUCCCUUUUCCAAGAUAGCUUCAUUCGAGAGGCAUCCGGCUUGAAACACCUGAGAAGUCUCAAUCGAUGUGAUACUUCUUUUUCCCUGGGCCCAGAACAGGAAAGUAUCCAACGUCAUAUAAUCACGGAGUAUGAAAAGUGGUGCCUCCUGUUUAAAUACAUGAAAGACAGCAGUUUACACAGUCGGAAGUUCGCAGCUGAAGGUGGACAAUUUGUAGAACAAGUUAAUCAGGAAACCCAAGCUGUUAUGAUGGGAGCAUCCUCUAGCUGCGUUGAAGACUUUCUUCGUAUACAAUCAAGAAGAGGUGAGGAACUGAUCGUAUUUGUAAUAAUUCAGGCUAAGUUAACUAAGGGGGAAUCAUUCCCACUAUGGAAUGAAGUACCAAGUGAUCGGCCUUCAUCUCUAGGUUGUGUGUUACAUUUGCUAAAUUCCUGAACUUUGGUUUUUAUUAUCAUUAUUAUUAUUUUUGUCUAGAACUCGUAACAACGUCAGAUAAUCUGGAGUUAGCUGUCCAAUGGAAUUCGGUUCAAGGGUCAACAAAAGAUUCUAUCUCUUCCGAUUUAUGGGUGUUGACUCGUCUGUGCCGUCCAGCGAGGAAUAUUUUGUUUGUAUGUGUAAGUGUCAAGCAAGUGUAAAUACUCGUCAUUUCAUGAAUUUUUCUCUCUUAAAAGUGAAGGAAAUUUCAGCUUUUUAAAAUUAUACUUUUUUCCAUUUGUUAGCCAUGUGUUUUAAUUCCGCACUGGAAUUUUACGCAACCGACCUAUCACACUCGACUGAUACCAAAACAGUCCUUCUCAGGACUACCCUCAAAAGGACGAUCAGACGACACGAUCAGAUGUUACCCCCGGGUUCAAACAACUUUUUUACUGUAAAAGGCUGUCUGCCAAGAGAUAAACGACCAGUGUACUGACCAUACGCUUUCUCGUGAAAAAUUGUUCAUAAGGCCCUGAUAAAUGUUCGGUUUGCUUUAAAGUCUCUUUUCUUUUCGGUUUUUAGGUUGCAGACAACAGUGAUGUUUUGCCUCAAAAAGCAUAUUUCGACGAUGACAGAUACGAAUUGUCAACCCAGCACUGGCAGUGGCAGCGAUACUGCAGCAGUUUGUUUGAUGUCCGAAGUAGGCUACAAGUAAUGCGAAAACUAUUAGGUACUUAUUGCUUCGGGUUUAGGUUUUGCCGGUGAGGUUCUGAAUUGAUGAUAAGUUUAUUGAUACGUGCAUCAAGUUCUUUGAUUUGAGUUAUUGUCCUUUUAUUGUUAGAGCAAAUGAGACCAGAAUUCGGCCCAACUCCUCUUCCUACAUACAGGGCGAAGGUACGUUCUUGGUUUUCAGUGAGAUUAACGGUUUUGGUGGCUUUGAUGUGUAUUAUUUUACAGCCAAUACUAGUUAACCGAUUUCUUAUAAUGUGCCUCGUCAAGAAACCCAAUCCCUUAAAACUGAAAGUUUUCUCCGUGAGAAACUGAAGUGUUGGUCGCAUUUGACAAGAAGCAAUCCAGGCUUGCAUUGUCGUUCUUUUUCAAUGCAAAUUGGCUCUUAGAAUAACUUGAUUGUUACUUGAAUUUUUUUUCAUUUUUGAGUUGUAAAGAGGGCGCAAGAAUCUCUCAAUCAUGUCUUGAGAUGUAAGAUAUAGAAAUCACACUGACGCGCAGUAGGCAUAUGAACGAUACGUUUUUUCUCGGCAGAUGUUGCCUCAAGUGCAAGGCAAGCACGUGUUACGCCAACCUGAAUGCUGUCCUACUUGGUUGUAUACCAUAAUGCAUCAAUGCUGGAUCUAUGCUCCAACGGAUAGGCCACAUUUUAUCGCCAUAUUUGAUGGCAUCUCACCGAGGUUAGUCAUCAUAAAUAACCUUAAGCAUCGCACUUUUGAAAUUAGGACGUGGCGUAUCUCCACGAAAUAUAGGCCGUGGGCAAACAUCUCACGUGAUUCAGUGGCGAAAGUACCACCAUUCGCUCUUAAAGUAAAUAGGUACAAUCUUCGUAGGAACAAACUCUCUUGGAAAGAUCGAAGAACACUAAUUUAUACACAUGCCUGAUGGCUUUGUUGAUCUGCUUGAAACUUUUGGCAUCAGAUAAAGGGAAAGAAAAAGCACAGCCUUUCUCGAUAAUUUUUUUUACUUCUAACCUUCUAGAAGUCAUACAACCUGUCAGAUGCUCUAAAAGAAAGUUGUCUUUUAAAAAAGAACAAACCAAACGAAACAAAACAGGAACGGGAUCUGAACUUUUUUCCACCAGUAACCAAUUAAGAGGAAUUUAAGUAACCAUUGACAGAAAACGUACGAAACUUGAAGCAAGUGAAUCGGUACAUUUAUGAGAUGUAAAACUUUGUUUAAAUUUGUGAUUAAAUGAUACAAUUUAUUUAAAGGCUCAAACGUAAUAAUUCAAAGUUAGUCAAAAAAGAUAACACUCUUUUGGAUGUUACAGCGAAAUUAAUUUUUCAUGGAUUCAACAUACCCUACCUCAUUAGGUCCUGAAGUGUGGCCCUCGCUGAACUGCGCUAAGCACUUUCCCGUCCGGGCAACCUCCACUCAAUCGAUAAGUACAAAUUAUUUUUCUUGUAGGACGUCAGGGAAGAGCUUAGUGACUCGGUUAAGUCUGUAUAACCAUGGAAAGUCUUUACCCCUGAAUAAAUGCCAGUCAAAGGAUCCUCGCCUUGUAAACGAUAAAACAAAUCCUCCAUCCUCAAGCGUCAACGUGACUGAUUACCACAGCGAAAGAAAGGAAAAGUUAUAUGAAGAACACUUACAUGGUGACGAUGAAUGUAAUGUGGUCUGCAUUGACAAGCAUAUCUUACUUCAAGAAUGGAUAAAAAAUGAGGAAGAACUUCUUCUGAUAACAGCACAUCCUCCUUCUAAAAUCUUCCACGGAGUCAGCAAAGAAAUCGGAGACGCCCAAAACGAGGUUAAUGUCGAAGCUUCAUCCACCUGUCCGCCUGGUUAUCAGCGGAUAUCACGAAAACAGAGGAUUGGUUUGCACUACGGCGAGGCUCGCAACCUUUCAACAACUAGAUGCUUACGGAAACGCUCUAAACAAAAACGAAAACGUUUGGCGGAAAGCACGUCACAAACUGCCUGCAACCUCACAAUCGACAAAAACGGCGAAAAUCCGGAUGGAGACUUAACAAAACUCCUGGAUGAAGGUUUAGCGACGAGUACGUCAUCAACUGAUUUCAACCUUACAAUCGACAAAGACGGCAAAAAUCCGGAUGCAGACUUACGGAAGAUUGAUUUGCACUACGGCGAGGCUCGCAACCUUACAGCAACUAGAUGCUUACGGAAACGCUCUAAACAAAAACGAAAACGUUUGGCGGAAAGCACGUCACAAACUGCCCUCAACCUCACAAUCGACAAAAACGGUAAAAAUCCGGAUGGAGACUCAACAAAACUCCUGGGUGAAGGUUUAGCGAAGAGUACGUCAUCAACUGAUUUCAACCUUACAAUCGAAAAAGACGGCAAAAAUCCGGAUGCAGACUUACGGAGGAUUGGUUUGCACUACGGCGAGGCUCGCAACCUUUCAGCAAUUAGAUGCUUACGGAAACGCUCUAAACAAAAACGAAAACGUUUGGCGGAAAGCACGUCACAAACUGCCCUCAACCUCACAAUCGACAAAAACGGUAAAAAUCCGGAUGGAGACUCAACAAAACUCCUGAGUGAAGGUUUAGCGAAGAGUACGUCAUCAACUGAUUUCAACCUUGCAAUCGAAAAAGACGGCAAAAAUCCGGAUGCAGACUUACGGAGAAUUGGUUUGCACUACGGCGAGGCUCGCAACUUUUCAACAACUAGAUGCUUACGGAAACGCUCUAAACAAAAACGAAAACGUUUGGCGGAAAGCACGUCACAAACUGCCCUCAACCUCACAAUCGACAAAAACGGUAAAAAUCCGGAUGGAGACUCAACAAAACUCCUGGAUGAAGGUUUAGCGAAGAGUACGUCAUCAACUGAUUUCAACCUUACAAUCGAAAAAGACGGCAAAAAUCCGGAUGCAGACUUACGGAGGAUUGGUUUGCACUACGGCGAGGCUCGCAACCUUUCAGCAACUAGAUGCUUACGGAAACGCUCUAAACAAAAACGAAAACGUUUGGCGGAAAGCACGUCACAAACUUCAACCUCACAAUCGACAAAAACGGUAAAAAUCGGAUGGAGACUCAAAAAACUCCUGGGUGAAGGUUUAGCGGUACGUCAUCAAAUUUCAACCUUACAAUCGAAAAAGACGGCAAAAAUCCGGAUGCAGACUUACGGAGGAUUGGUUUGCACUACGGCGAGGCUCGCAACCUUUCAGCAACUAGAUGCUUACGGAAACGCUCUAAACAAAAACGAAAACAUUUGGCGGAAAGCACGUCACAAACUGCCCUCAACCUCACAAUCGACAAAAACGGCGAAAUUUCGGAUGGAAACUUAACAAAACUCCUGGGUGAAGGUUUAGCGAAGAGUACGUCAUCAACUGAUUUCAACCUUACAAUCGAAAAAGACGGCAAAAAUCCUGAUGCAGACUUACGAAAAAGCCUUGGUAAAGGUUUAGCAAAGUGUGCGUCAUUAACUGAUUUCAACCUUAUAAUCGACAAAGACGGCAAAAAUCCGAAUGGAGACUUAAGAAGAAGCUUUGGUGAAGGUUUAGCAAAGAGCACGUCAUCAACUGGCUUCAACCUUACAUUUGACAAAGACAGCGGAAAUUCGGAUGGAGACUUAACAGAAAGCCUGGGUGAAGGUUUAGCGAAGAGUACGUCAUCAACUGAUUUCAACCUUACAAUCGACAAAGACGGCAAAAAUCCGGAUGCAGACUUACGGAGGAUUGGUUUGCACUACGGCGAGGCUCGCAACCUUUCAGGAACUAGAUGCUUACGGAAACGCUCUAAACAAAAACGAAAUAGUUUGGCGGAAAGCACGUCACAAACUGCCCUCAACCUCACAAUCGACAAAAACGGCGAAAUUUCGGAUGGAAACUUAACAAAACUCCUGGGUGAAGGUUUAGCGAAGAGUACGUCAUCAACUGAUUUCAACCUUACAAUCGAAAAAGACGGCAAAAAUCCUGAUGCAGACUUACGAAAAAGCCUUGGUAAAGGUUUAGCAAAGUGUGCGUCAUUAACUGAUUUCAACCUUAUAAUCGACAAAGACGGCAAAAAUCCGAAUGGAGACUUAAGAAGAAGCUUUGGUGAAGGUUUAGCAAAGAGCACGUCAUCAACUGGCUUCAACCUUACAUUUGACAAAGACAGCGGAAAUUCGGAUGGAGACUUAACAGAAAGCCUGGGUGAAGGUUUAGCGAAGAGUACGUCAUCAACUGAUCCCAAACUUUCUAUCGACAAAGACAUCGAAAAUCUUGAUGGAUUCUUAAGAAAUAUCCUGGGUGAAGGUUUAGCGAGGACUACGUCAUCAAUUUCUUUCACCUCAACAAUGAACACUAAAAACAGAUACUUGCGUGAAGAUCGUGGAAUAGACCAGGGUGAAGGUUUCGCGAAGAGUGCUUCAUCAACUGCUUUUACCCUAAUAAUUAACAGCGUCGACAUGUACCUUGGUGCAGACUGGGGAAAAAGCUUGGGUAAAGGUUUGGCUAAGACAGCGUCAUUAACUACUUUCACCCUAACAAUCAACGGCGGACCCCGAUUCCAGCUUAAAAACUGGAUACGAGGCCUGGGUGAAGGUUUGGCGGAGAGUACAUUAUUAACAGUUUUCACCUUAACAAUCAAUGGAGUCAACAAAUUCCGACGCCAAGGCUGGGGAAAAGGCCUGGGUGAAGGUUUGGCUAAGAGUACGUCAUUGACUGCUUUCAACCUAACAUUAAACAACGUCGGCAGAUACCUGGGCCGAGUCUGGGGAAAAGGCCUGGGUGAAGGCUUAGCCAAGAGUACGUCAUUAACUACUUUCACCCUAACAAUAAACAACGACGACAGAUACUUAGGCCGAGUCUGGGGAAAAGGCCUGGGUGAAGGUUUAGCCAAUAGUACGUCAUUAACUGCUUUCACCCUAACAAUAAACAACGACGGCGAACACUUGUGUGGAGACGUGGAAAAAGGCCUGCGUGAAGGUCUGGGAAAGAGUACGUCAUUAUCCAUCUGUCCGCCUGGUUGUAAGCGGAUAUAUCGAAAACAGAGGAUUGUUUUGCACGACGGCGAGGCUCGCAGUCUUUCUGCUACUAGAUGUUUAGGAAAACGCCCUGAACAAACACGAAAACGUUUGGCGGAAAGCACGUUACAAACUGCCAUCAACCUUACAAUCGACAAAGACGGCAAAAAUCCGGAUGGAGAUUUAAGAAAAAGCCUGGGUGAAGGUUUAGCAAAGAGUACGUCAUCAACCGAUUUCAACCUUUUAAUCGACAAAGACGGCGAAAAUCCGGAUGGAGACUUAAUAAGAAGCCUCGGUGAAGGUUAAGAAAAGAGUACGUCAUCAACAGAUUUCAACAUUACAAUCGAAAAAGACAGCAAAAAUCCGGAUGGAGACUUAAGAAGAAGCCUUGGUGAAGGUUUAGCAAAGAGCACGUGAUCAACUGAUUUCAACCUUACAAUCGAAAACGACGGCAAAAAUCCGAAUGGAGACUUAAGAAAAAGCCUUGGUGGAGGUUUAGAAAAGAGUACAUCAUCAACUAAUUUCAACCUUACAAUCGACAAAGACGGCGAAGAUCCGGAUGGAGACUUAAGAAAAAGCCUGGGUGAAGGUUUAGCGAGGACUACGUCAUCAAUUGCUUCCACCUCAACAAUGAACAGUAAAUACGUAUACCUGUGCGACGACUGUGGAAUAGACCUGGGUGAAGGUUUGGCUAAGAGUGCUUCAUCAGCUGCUUUUACCCUAACAAUCGACAGCGUCGACAGAUACCUUGGAAGAGGCUUGGGUGAAGGUUUGACUGAGACAACGUCAUUAACUACUUUCACCCUAACAAUCAACGGCGGACACCGAUUCCCGCUUAAAGACUGGAUAAAAGGCUUAGGUAAAGGUUUGGCUAAGACAACGUCAUUAACUUCUCUCAUUCUAACAAUCAACAGCGGAUACCGAUUCCUGCUUAAAGACUGCGGAAAAGGUCUGGGUGAAGGUUUGGCGAAAAGUACGUCAUUAACUGCUUUCACCUUAACACUUGAUGAAGGUUUGGAUGAGAGUACGUCAUCAACUGCUUUCACCCUAACAAUGAAUACCGGACACCGAUUCCUGCAUAAAGACUGGGGAAAAGGCCUGGGUGAAGGUUUGGCGGAGAGUACGUCUUUAACUGCUUUCACCCUAAAAAUGAACAGCGUCGACGGAUACCUGGGUGAAGACUGGGGAAAAGGCCUGGGUGAAGGUUUGGCUAAGAGUACGUCAUUAACUGCUUUCACCCUAACAAUCAAUAGCGGAAACGGAGACCUGGGUGAAGACUGGGGAAAAAGCCUGGGUGAAGGUUUGGCUAAGAGUACGUCAUUAACUGCUUUCACCCUAACAAUCAAUAGCGGAAACGGAGACCUGGAUGAAGACUGGGGAAAAAGCCUGGGUGAAGGUUUGGCUAAGAGUACGUCAUUAACCACUUUUCCCUAA